ACUAUUCCACUGUGCAUGAGAGCAUUACUUCCCCCCCGCCCAAAAAACAAAAAGGAGUCUGGUUUUAACUCCGACUUCAUAAUUUGAGCCCAUUCAAGUCCAAUAACGCAAAUUGGCGAAGAGUCGUCGUCGUCUUUCUACGUUUGUGCGAAAAAACCUGACAGAGAUAAGAGAUGCUGCCAACUUCUGUCUCUAAAGAGCGCUCGUCGUCCGCCAUGUCUCGUUCAAACUCCAUGCUCCCUCAGUACCUCCGUCGAAUCAUCAAGUGGCAGCAAAUGGAUAUUGAAUAUACUUUCUGGCAAAUGCUUCAUCUAUGCACUUCACCAAAAGUGGUUAUUGGUGUCUUGAUUUUGAUGGUUAGCAAUGCUCUAAUUAUUGUGAUUCUUCAUUUUGCAUGUGGAAUGGUAUGGUCUUUACAGCUAUCAGCAUACCAAGUAUCACAAACGUACGACCAUAGUGCCACACAUGCAGUUUUUGUUGUAAUUUCAGUUUUGCUUUUCCAUUUUCUGAUUACAGGAGCAGUUCUGGCCACAUGCUGUUGGUUCCUGACAAAUGCUUACCUUCGGGAGGAGUCUCCAAACAGUCAUGUGGUUGAGCAACGGGUUGAAUGGUUGUAUGCAUUUGAUGUGCACUGCAAUGCUUUCUUCCCAUUGUUUGUUAUGCUUCAUGUUAUACAUUAUUUUCUGUCACCCCCAUUGGUAGCUUAUGGUUUCAUUCCUGUAUUACUGUCAAAUCUGCUUUUCAUGGUGGCUGCCUGUUAUUAUCAUUAUCUCAACUUCUUAGGUUAUGACGUACUGCCAUUUCUGGAGAGGACCACUUUUUUCCUCUAUCCAAUUGGAGUUGUUAUUGUUCUUUGUCCUAUUUUGAUUUUAAGCGGCUUCAAUCCUUCAAGAUACUUUUUGAACAUGUACUUUAGUCAAAGGUUAUGAUUCAUACAUAGGGCUUAAAAUUUUGGAUAGCACAGCAUUGAGGUGAUGAAAAUUUUGAGGAGUGCAUAAACACUAGAUGGGUUGAUGAUUAAUACACGUGUAGAAGGGAAGGCACGAUUUAUUCUUGGCUUUUAUCUGUCCCGCUGACAGUGAAUGGAAGAGGAGAAGCGAAUGAGCUCAAGGUAAACUGAUUCUUCAGUGAUCAAUGUAAUUUUGAUGAAAUGGAUUAGUAUAAUAUGAUUAGUAUAAUAUAAUGAGUUAGACCCAUGCCAUUUUCGUCGAAAUAUAUUUUUGUCUACCGGGAAAAUCAGAGCAAUUUCUUUUUUCGAUUUUUUGUCCUCAAAUAUAUACCCAUGUAGGAAGUUACAUAUACUAGGGGGUUGCAUGUGCGAAAUGUAUCAAUUUAUCGGUCUGUUGAACGUUUGAUUCCUGGAAAUUAGAAUAUGGCUGUAGACAAAGUGUAGUGUUAAAAUGUUAAUAAUGACAAGACAGAAAUUUUUUCUA